UCACACUCUCUAUUUUCACCCUCCCAUAACAAAAACAAAACAACACAAAUUCUCAUUUUCACAAUUUUCUCCCGAAAACCUUCGAAGAAGAUCAACUCGAAAAGUUGUACACAUCACUGAAUCCGCCAUUAAAGAGAUAGAGAUAGAAAGAGAAAGCUUCCUGUAAAACAGUUAUGGCGGAUUCUGGAAGAGAAGCAAGACGACGUCGUAUUUUAAAAGGAGGUCAAGAUCGUUUAGCUCUUAUUACAGGUCGAAAACCUAAUCUUUCUUCUGAUGCAAACGAUUCCGAUACUUCUCCUCCUUAUGUUGCUCAACAAUUUCAUCAAGAUCUUAGAUCAAAUCUUCCCUUUGAUCAACCUUCAGUUUCUGAAGCCGAGGAAGACAAAUCCUCAUAUUUCAUGCGUGAUCAAGCUUCCAAUAUCAGUCAAGAUGGCGCAAUAGGUGGUCUUGGCAUAGAAGAGCCUUUUCUAAGAAAAUCUGAACCAGUGACUGAGCCCUCGAGAGCAUCUGCAUCUGUAGAAAACAGCAAAAGAGAAGCUUCUUCAGGAGUUCAGAAAGUUUUUGAUGCAGCACUAGGGAUUGCCCAACAGAUACCUGUUAGAAAUAUAACUUCACAGCAAGUAAGCGUAGCUGUAGCAGAGACUGAGCAUGACAGAUUAUUGUGUGCUCUAACGAUAGCAAUCUUAGUCGUUCUGUCAUCUGCUGGAUUCCCGAUAGUGGGCAGCAAGAUAUUUAGGUGGAUCUUACUAUUCCGGCCACUCAUGCUCGUUCUGAUAACCAAUAUAACUCUUAUCAGUCGAAGACUCCUUCCCGACAAUCGGAAGAAUUUGGUACGAGGGGAGAAAGAUAAUAAAGCAUCUCUUUUAGGUGAUGGGUAUGCUUGGGCUGAAGAAGCUGGGAGAGCCCUUGAGUUGGGUCUGAUGCUGCAGAAUCUCUCGGGUGCGUUAUUCAUGGAUUGCAGUGUGUAUGCUGCAAUUGUUGUAUUCGGCCUUUCUCUGUUUGGUUAAGAACCACACAAUCUUAAUUUUUCUAGGCUUAUGAAAAAGAAUCUCCAAAUUGUAAUUUUCUCAACCUUAGUUUUGUUAAUUAAGCAGCUUGAUACUUUUUAAUUAGGCAAUUUCUUCCCAGGCUGUUUCACUUUCAGCAUUACACUAGAGUUUUGAGACAAUUGUUGUAUUUGGUGUCUCGUGAAUCUCGUGACUAAGCUGAUAAUUCACAUAACCAUGUUCUAUAGGCAAAUAUUUUUUACACCAA